CGCUUUGCCGUGACGUCGCCGGGGGCGCUCCACGCAACGUCACGGCUAAUGGCGCUCGCUCUUUUAGGAAAGUGUACUCAUGGCGUCCGGUGUAGCGUGUUUAGCGGCGGCUUUUAUUUAGGAGUACGGAUUCGUUUUUCGGUGCAAUUCGACGCGGCUGCCCUGUGCUACCGACAUGCCGCUGUUCGGCAAAAAGGAUUCCCAACGAAAGAAGGACAAAGAUGGUGUCAGUGUCGAGGAUAAAUACGAGUUCAAGGAUCUGCUGGGAACCGGGGCGUUCUCCCAGGUUGUGCUUGCAGAGAGUAAAGACACCCCAGGAGUCAUGCACGCCAUCAAGUGUAUCGACAAAAAGGCCCUUAAGGGAAAAGAGGACUCCCUGGAAAACGAAAUUAAAGUCCUCAGGAGGUUGAAGCAUUCAAAUAUAGUCCAGCUUCUGGAAACAUAUGAGGACAAAAACAAAGUCUACCUCGUUAUGGAACUCGUUACAGGGGGCGAGCUUUUUGACCGCAUAGUGGAGAAGGGGAGCUACACAGAGAAGGACGCCAGCGACUUGAUACGGCAGAUCCUUGAAGCUGUAGACUACAUGCAUUCACAAGGGGUUGUCCAUAGAGACCUGAAGCCCGAAAACCUGCUGUACUAUAGUCCAGAUGAAGAGUCCAAGAUAAUGAUCAGCGAUUUCGGGCUUUCCAAGAUGGAAGACUCUGGAAUCAUGGCGACGGCAUGCGGCACGCCCGGAUACGUCGCUCCAGAGGUUCUAGCUCAGAAACCUUACGGAAAAGCUGUCGAUGUCUGGUCUAUAGGAGUGAUCGCCUAUAUUUUGCUUUGUGGCUACCCGCCGUUCUACGAUGAAAGUGACGCCAACUUGUUUGCUCAGAUAUUGAAAGGAGAGUUUGAGUUUGAUUCUCCUUACUGGGACGAAAUCUCAGACUCGGCGAAGGACUUCAUCAGGCAUCUAAUUUGCGUGGAUGUGGAGCGGAGAUACACCUGCAGACAGGCACUUGCGCACCCUUGGAUAUCUGGCAACACAGCCAGUGACAAGAACAUCCACGGCUCCGUCAGUGAGCAGCUGAAGAAGAACUUCGCCAAGACCAAAUGGAGGCAAGCUUACAAUGCAACAGCGGUAAUCCGGCAGAUGCGGAAGCUCGCCAUGAGCAGCACGGGGUCGUCUCAAGAUGGCGGUGCCCCCGCAGAUGCGUCCACGAGUGGAAGGCCACUGGCAGCGGCAUCGUCCACGGCCGCAGUGCCCGCCAACUCCGACUGAGUCUCCUCCUCUCCACCGACCACUCUCUCAUUCCAGAUCACCUACGCAUUCACUGUCGUCAGCCUUUUCCGUUUUUUCCACGACAUGGCUCCACGUUUGUGUUCUUUGCCGCAUUUGACUGUGUUGUUUCUCUUCGCAUCUCACGUGUGUGCGUGUGCCUGCAUUUGAGUGAAUGCUUUUCUCAGUUCAGACUUGUCACUGCAUGUUCGUGGAGCAUUCUCGCAUCACGUCGACCUUUAGCGGAAGUCAGAUGGCAUCGCGUAGCUUUAGUGGAGCCCUGCAAAUCGAGGGAGCAGCCAUUUUGCUGAAUCUAGCAGCCGUCUCGAUCGCCACUCUGUGCUGAAGGGACAUGAAGUUGAGCACACUGUGGAAUGUGCAAUGCACACAAUUCUUGCAUCAUCAUCAUGGCAGGCACCCGCAUGCACACUGUGAUCGCCGUUUAAAGAGACAAUGUUCUUGCUUUUGCCUCAGCUGGGCAUCGUCACGCAUGGCAUGGCAACAAAAGAUUUUGAUUAACAGAAUCGCAGGAAAGGGAAACUUAAUGCAUUGCUGUAUGAGAAGUGUCUCUCAGCACUAGUAAAAAAGGGAAGCUCCUCUAUGUUGUAUUUUGCUGAUGAUUACUGUGCCUGUAUCUAAUAAGACUGUUUGGUGAUACUUAUUAACACAAUCUAAACAUACUCCCAGUGAAGAAUCUGUCCUGAUGGCUCUUUUUAUGCAGUGUAAAAAUGAUAAAAAAAGGGCAGUCAGAAAAGGAAAAGAAAUUGUGUGUUGCCUUUCACAUCAGUAAGGUAGUGCCCUGUCAGUGGAAAACUUAAGAUAAUAUUGAAUUCUUAGGAGGUUUUGUCACCAGAGUUAAUGAAACCAUUUAGCGCCCUAUUGCUUGCCCUCGUCUGCUGGCUAGGGAACUUAAUUAUGGCCGUGUCAGUUUGCAGAAUCUCAAUUGUUGAUUGACUAUUACCAGGUCACUAAUACUCCAUGUACAUUGAUUACCUUCAUUAGCGUCCCUGCGAGACUUUCAUAAAAAAAAAACAUUUUUGUGGGGACCAUUUAUUGUCUACAUUCUUUUUCUUCACACAGUACAAAGUGAGCUAGACAGAAGCUUUCACUGUGUUCAUAACAUUAAUUUAUUGCUUAUGUUUAAUAUUAAUACAGUCUUUUAUGUUUUACAUUUAUGAGGUUAUUUCAACACUACGUAAUAGUAGGCUAACUUCAUCAACACCUUCACGAGGCUUGCUGUGAAGAUUUUCGCUCGAACCUUUCUUGGUCAUGUUUGCUUUAUUGUUUGUUUUUUUCACCAAGCGUGGGUAAAUUAAAAAUAGAUGCUGUUGAUAUGAUCGCACUAAUGACAUUCAUCCACUGCCUGUGUGUGAUCUUGAAUGAACUGUUGAUUUGGGAAUUUAUGCCGUUCACUGGCUUAAGGGAUAGACAACAUAGGUAUUUCAUUUUUCAGCAUUGCUGUUUGUUGAGUAGGCACAUAACGUACGUAAUACGAACCCCUCGAAUGCUGUAAACUAUUACACUUAUGUUUUUUCCUGUUUCACUGGUCUGAAUCAAUGCCAAGAAUUGUUUUCAUGGGGGGAAGCUUUUGUACACAUAAAGAGCUUUUUUUUUACUUUUAGAACUUAGAAGUCACUUUCCUACAAGAGAUUUUUUUUGAACUACUCGUUUUGAAGCAAGUUUUUAAAAAAGAACAAAGGACCAUCAGUGAUUAAGUGCUAUAAUUUAGGCAUGUGUGGUUUGUGUCUUACCGGUAAAUUCUUGUUUGUUUUUAAAUACUCGAGCACGCAGGUAUCAGAUUAUUUUUUGUCAUCCAUGUCCAUUCAUAUCACAAUUACACCAUUACCCACCUUAUGCCUGUGCCAUUCUUUAUUGAGGGGCCGUUGCGAGGCACUUCGAAAUGCUUUUUGCUAGCAUAUAUAAAGCGUGCUGUAGUCUUGCAGUACAUCACCUCAGGGCCAAUCAUGAAAUGAAAAGUAAUUUUCAGAUAACAAUAUGAUCUGAGUGAAUGUGUUAGGAGAGGCUUUAUUAUCGCUUUAUCAUUUAAUAGCCAAAUUAGCUGUUCCCUACGUCAAUGUGGUUGCGCACCACUGCACGCUUGUCGAUGUGCAUACAGACCUCUUCUUGAUCUGUGCAUGUUUUUUGCUUGGACAUGGUUUGGCCAUUUCCAUGGAAAGUAGUCAGCCAUGGCAACUAAAGAACUCCGCCUGCUAAGCAGUGUUGGGCUAUUGAGCAAACUGAGAAGCCCAUACUGCUAAUCAAGAAUUUAAGGAACAGAAACGUAACGAAUAUUCAGGCAUAACGAAUUAAUGCUAAAAUUUACUCACCAAUGUCGUAAUGUAAUGAAUAAACUCUCCUAACGAAUAUUAUAUACAUCGAAGGUACAAUGAAUCUCUUCACCUUUGGGUGCAUAUGAAAGCACUUUAGACGUGUUCAAAAUUGUGGGGUGUAUCUUGAAAGAUGUUUAGAGGGAGUCUGUGGGCUCAUGCAAAGGUUUCUGAAGAAAGGGUAUCACUAUGGGGGUUUUCCCUAGUGGGAUUAAUGAGCUAUUGCUGGAAAUAUGGAUAAUGUGUUGAUUUGUCGAACCUGCAUUCUGUUGGGAUUUCAUGUUAUUUGUGGAGCUGUCUGUUACGUAAGAACUUUCUAUAUAUGUAUUAAGUAAUUUUUUAAACAAAAUCAUGAAGGCAAUAGGUUUUUGUGGGAAGCGAUAAGUGUUGAGAAUUGUCACUUGCGCUGCACAAUAUUGUGUUAAAAUGAGUUGGCAAAAUUGCAAAGCCAUUUGAAGUCAUAAGGAUGAAUUCUUUAUGAAAAUUCUUAUGCUCUUCCCAACUGCACGGAGGCAUGAAUGUGGUCGGAAUAAGGGAACAGAAGUGCAAAAAGAACUUUGAUCGUUGAUGGUCCACGGCAGUAAAUUGGAACACUUGGUCAAGUGGUUAUGGAGCGUCCAUGGAAACAAUAAUACGAAGCUAUAACGCUUUGAAGUGAGAUUUGCCCGCUUCAUUGUGAAGCUUAAGGGCUCUGUUGCUUUUAUAAAUUCUUUUUUAUAUUGUACAUGUUUUAUAGUAGUGUUGACAUGUUUCUUUUUUCUCUUCUUAUACCUACGGCGCACGUCGCCAUUUUCCCGCUUGUGUAAUGUUGGUCAUACCGAAUGAAUAAUCUCUGCUGGCCAGGGCUGUGAGUAGACGCAUUUUUUUUAAUUGUUGAAAGAGAAUACUAUUCAUACUUCCCUUUAUUCAAAACUUCUACUCUUUGAAGCUUAAUCUGACGUGACACAUGAUCAAGCUUUUUCAGUCUUGUUUGCCAACAGUGUGCAGGUUCGUGACAGCAAGCUGUCAUAGGUGACUUUCCGAUUAACAGGAGUGCCUCGUUGAGAAAGAUCGUUGAAAGAAUGUCCGACUUGCAUAAAGCGAUACACCGCUUGUGUGUUUUUCACAAUAGCUAAGCAAAGUGAACGAUGCAAUAGCUCACGAAUACACAUUGUCCUGUGUUGUAGGUUCAUUAUGGCAACUUGGCAGUGCACACAAACGGGACAAAGUAAGAAGGCAGACAAACAAGCGCAAUUGUUCAUACCAAAUGCACUUGUUUGCGUACUAUCCUACAUUUUCUGUUUGUGCUGCCAAGUCAUCAUAAUAAAUCAAUACCGACUAGCCCACCUAUUAA